CAGAUCGCCUUGGACUCGCACCCCAGUAUCGUCAGCCUGCACCACCAGAGACCCGGGCAAAACCCUUCCUCCAGAACUCCUCUGACCACCCUCAACACAGACAUCAGCAUCCUCUCGCUACAGGCGUCCGAGUUCCCCUCAGAGCUCAUGUCGAGCGACAGCAAAGCACUUUGUGGCUGA